ACGCGGAACUAAAACCCUGAAACAUCUCAGCUUUCCCUCCUUUAUGUCAUGAUGUGAUUUUUUAUUUGUUUUAAAAAUCCGAAGCUGCUGAACGUCUUUGCUCACAGAUGUCCGCUCCUGCCGACGAUUUGGUCAAGCUGUGGGAAAGUAAACAGACGCAGCUCAGACAGCAAGUGGUGGAGGAGGACACAGAGGACUGGCAGAAGAUCCCAGGUUUCUGCGGCCUGGAGAGAGUUGGUGGAGUGGACCUUUCCUUCAUUAAAGGGGAUGAUGUCAAUGCCUGUGCACAGCUUGUGGUUCUGAGCUACCCUGACCUGGAGGUUCUGUAUGAGGACAGUCAGAUGGUGGCACUGACAGCCCCCUACAUAGCUGGAUUUUUGGCUUUCAGAGAAACCCCUUUCCUCUUGGAUGCCCUGCAGAGGCUGGAAAGGAACCAGCCCCAACUUAUGCCUCAGGUGGUGUUUGUGGAUGGAAACGGCCUCUUUCACUACAGAGAGUUUGGUUUAGCGUGUCACCUGGGAGUGCUGUCAGGGCUGCCCUGUGUGGGUGUGGCUAAGAACCUGCUGCAGGUGGAUGGUGUGUAUAAGAAUGAAGAGCAUCAGACACAGAUGGCUGCAUUGCAACGAGGAGGAGACAGCUUCCCCCUCACUGCUGCCUCAGGCAAAGUGCUCGGAAAGGCGUUGCGGAGCUCGGAGAAAAGCUUGAAGCCUGUCUAUGUGUCUGUCGGCCACAAGAUCAGCCUGGACACCGCCGUACGCCUCACACACGCCUGCUGUUGCUACCGGGGUCCCCGAGCCAUCAGACAGGCAGACUGUCGCUCCAGAGAAUACCUGCGCAUCAAGUUCCCACCGACAGAUACAUGAGUCACAGAAUGUGGUUGGUGUAAAAUCCUACACCUUACGUGUCUGUGAUCUCACAUACAGGAAAAAUGUAUUUGUGGGUCCUCAGCACAGAGUGAAAGUGAACUGAUUUACACUUUCUAAAGCAGGUAAUGAGUCAUCAAGGAAUUUCCCCACAUCCUAAAGUAAAGCCAAAACUGAUGUAAGAAGCUUAUGGUGCAUCCAGAAUGUAUUCACAGCGCCUCACUUUUUCCACAGUUUAUGUUACCUUAUUCCAAAUACAUGAAAUUCUUGUUUGUUUGUUUUUUCUUUAAAAAUUCUACACACAGCACCCCAUAAUGAAA